CAGAGUCACAAAAUCCGGUUGGUACAUCCUUGUCAGGGGCCAAAAAAAGUCUUUGAAGCUGUUGCUUACUGCUUGUCCUUGCCUGUUAGUCCUGUCUUCUUGUUUCCGAAGGGCGCCGUGCCUUUGUGGACAGCAUCUCCAAUGGCGUACAAGGUGAAAGGGAUCUUCAAGGGCCUCAAGGUCAUCUCCCGGAUCUUCGUGGUGAAGGAGCAUGAGAUGGAGAUUGGUUAUCCGACAGACGUGAAGCAUGUCGCGCAUAUCGGCUGGGGUAGCUCGGCGGGGAAUGCCUCUCCAAGCUGGAUGAACGGCAUCACGGCAUCCACGGACUUUUCGUCCUUGGGCAACUUUGCAGCAUCCACAGGGACCUGCUGGGCUUCUCAAGACUUCGAGAUGCAGCCUCGAGACACGCCGCCUUUCGGCGCAGUUUCAGAGAACACUGGCGGGCGGCAAGACUCGGCUCCGUGCAAACCCGACAUCCCAAGGCCGCCGACGAAGACGAGGAGGAAGAAGCCGAAGAACGGCUCGCCAACGGCGUCGUUGAGGCCGCCGAGUCCCAGGGGUUUGUUAUCGCCACCUCCGCCACCGGCUGCUGAUGCUGCGGUUGUCGUUGCUGCUAAUGGCGUGCAAUGAUCCAAACCGUGUUCUGGGACGAUGCUCCAUUGCUCGCCUCUAAUUGUAUAUGUACUCGGAAAUACCUUGGAC